AUGAAAGACACGGCGAGUAAGAAGUACGAAAAACUUUUCGAAGAUAAUGAACUCGAUGCUGCCGCCGCAGCUACCAAGAAAGAACCUAAUGACAAUGCACGCAUGAAAGAGGAUAAAGAUCAAACCUCAGAAAUGUGGUUAACAACAGCUGAAGCAGCUAGUCUUAGUGCUAAAGAAGUUGCUGCUAGGUUGCAUGUUGAUAUAAGAACGGGUCUUUGGUGGCGGGAAGCAGACCAUCGAAGACAAUUAGUUGGAUUCAAUGAGUUUAGUGUUAAGGAAGAAGAGCCAACAUGGAAAAAAUAUCUUGAACAAUUUAAAAAUCCUCUAAUUCUGUUACUUCUUUGUUCUGCCUUUGUUAGUGUAUGUAUGAAACAAUUUGACGAUGCUGUCAGUAUUACAGUGGCUAUCAUAAUAGUAGUGACCGUUGCAUUUGUACAAGAAUACCGUUCUGAAAAAUCCUUAGAAGAAUUAAAUAAACUGGUGCCACCAACUUGUCAUUGCUUACGAGAAGGCCACAUGGAGACAUUUCUUGCUCGUAAUUUAGUUCCUGGUGAUAUAGUUUAUUUAAAUAUUGGUGAUAGAGUACCUGCAGAUAUCAGAAUAUUUGAAGCAAUAGCUUUAGCAAUUGAUGAAAGCAGUUUUACUGGGGAAACUGAACCAGCAGAAAAAUCAACAGCUCCAUUACUUAAAGCUAAUGGAUUAACAACGAAAAGGAAUAUUGCAUUUAUGGGCACACUAGUGCGUUGUGGUAAUGGCAAAGGUAUAGUUGUGAAUACUGGAGAAAAAAGUGAAUUUGGAGAAGUUUUCUCAAUGAUGCAAGCUGAAGAAGCACCAAAGACACCUCUUCAAAGAAGCAUGGAUAUUUUGGGCACUCAAUUAUCUUUUUAUUCAUUCUGCAUUAUUGGUAUUAUUAUACUUAUAGGUUGGAUCCAAGGCAAACCUAUACUAGAAAUGUUUACCAUCAGUGUAAGUUUAGCAGUGGCAGCUAUACCAGAAGGUUUACCUAUUGUUGUAACUGUAACUUUAGCAUUGGGUGUUAUGAGGAUGGUUAAAAGGAAAGCCAUUGUAAAGAAAUUACCAACGGUGGAAACACUUGGUUGUGUAAAUGUAAUAUGCUCAGAUAAAACUGGUACUAUUACGAAGAAUGAAAUGACUGCGACGAUUCUGGUAACAUCAGAAGGAUAUAUAGCUGAUAUUACUGGAACUGGUUACAAUGCUAAAGGAGAAGUAUUGAUUCGAAAAUGUGAUAAUAUGGAACUUGCACGCGCUGCUAUUAGUAAUAUGUUGGAAGUAGGAUGUGUUUGUAAUAAUGCUAUAAUACAGAAUGACGCUUUACUUGGUCAGCCAACAGAAGGUGCAUUAAUAGCAUUGGCAAUGAAAUUCGGAAUGUAUGGAGUUGCUGAUAAAUAUUUGCGAAUACAAGAAUAUCCGUUCUCAUCUGAGCAAAAAUUGAUGGCUGUAGAAUGUACACUGAAAUAUGAAGAGAAUAGGCAAGAAAUAUAUUUUGUAAAAGGUGCUCUGGAAAAGAUUUUACCACUUUGUACUAAAUAUUCUGUUAAUGGUCAAAUGUGUACCCUUAAUCAAAAAAAAGAUGAAGAAUUUUUAACAGAAGCUUACAAUAUUGGACAACAAGGACUAAGAGUAAUUGGAUUGGCACGGGCUACAUCAUUAGAAGAUCUAAUGUAUGUUGGUCUUGUGGGGAUAUGCGAUCCUCCACGCCCACACGUACGUGAGUCUAUAACAACUCUCAUAAAUAGCGGCGUUAAAGUAAAAAUGGUUACAGGUGAUGCUAAAGAAACUGCAUCUGCAAUAGCAAGUAUGAUUGGGUUAGACGUACUUCAUUCACGGUUAAUUUCUGGAGAUGAAAUUGACUUAAUGUCUGAACAUCAAUUAGAACAAUGUAUCAAUAACGUUAGUGUAUUUUAUCGAGUCACGCCUAGGCAUAAAUUAUGUAUUGUAAAAGCUUUACAAAGGGAAGGAAACAUAGUAGGUAUGACAGGUGAUGGUGUAAAUGAUGGAGUUGCUUUGAAAAAAGCAGAUAUAGGCAUAGCAAUGGGUAAAAAUGGUACUGACGUUUGUAAAGAAGCAGCGGACAUGAUAUUAGUGGAUGAUGAUUUUGAAACUAUCAUUGCUGCAAUUGAGGAAGGAAAGGGAAUUUUUCAUAAUAUACGGAAUUUUGUAAGAUUUCAAUUAAGUACUAGUAUAGCUGCCCUGUCUUUAAUUGCACUUGCUACAUUGAUGGGUAUACCAAAUCCUUUGAAUGCAAUGCAAAUUCUUUGGAUUAAUAUUAUUAUGGAUGGACCACCCGCUCAGAGUCUUGGUGUCGAACCAGUUGAUAAGGAUGUCUUAAAGCAAAAACCACGUAACACGAAAGAACCAAUGAUUACAAGAUAUCUUAUUAUCAAUGUACUUUUGUCAGCUAUUAUUAUUAUACUCGGUACUUUAUGGGUUUACAACAGAGAGAUGACAUAUGAUGGUACCACUGCAAGAGAUACAACCAUGACAUUUACAUGUUUCGUUUUCUUUGAUAUGUUUAAUGCUCUAAGCUGUAGAUCACAGAUCAAAUCAAUAUUUACUAUUGGUUUAUGGAGUAACAAAAUGUUCCUGGUAGCCGUAACAUUAUCAGUUAUAGGACAGAUGUUAGUGAUCUACUUUCCACCAUUACAACGAGUUUUCCAAACCGAAGCUCUUUCGCUAAAAGAUAUCUUGUUUCUUGUCGCACUUACAUCCAGCGUUUUCGUAAUUAGCGAGAUAAAGAAAUUCAUAGAAAGGCAAUUGUACAGGCGACGAGCAGGUACACAAUAUUACAAUAAAUCUGAGAUGGAUUUUGUAUGACAGUUACAGUCUGCCGAAGAUAAGGCGGACAAGGAUCAUGUGGAAUAAAAUGCCCAAUACACAUCGUACGGGUAGUAGUCACUCGUUUAUCAACAUUAUCUCGCUAUACACUCGACUAUGCUUGCACAUUUGUAAACUUGUAUGUGCACUUGUCACGAAACGAACUUUCUGCGUUUAAUCAAACGCAUUCAACUAAAAUUUACAAUAACUACAUUUUUUAACCUUUACAAAUUUUUCUGACUUUCUGAUGUAUGAUAUUCGAUUUUUAGGCGUUAGAAUCUAACCGUUUCACUUCUCGUCUUCACAUUGAUUAUAUUGAACACGUCGUAGACUUUAGAAACGCUAUGCACAUUCCAUAAAUUUUUGGUAGACGAGUAAUCUUAAUGAUACUACUCACAAUCGUAAUGUAGCAAUCUUCGUAUCGAUUAAUCAUAAUAUUUUAAUGUCUGAUACAUUUUUUCAUUCAUCUAACAAAUGCAGCAAUUUAUCUCUUGAGAUAAAUACAUUAACCUGUUUCUACUUCCGUGAAAUGUUUGAGUCGCAAUCAUUAUAGACCGUAUUAUCGAAUAACAAAAAUCAUAAUCCUUGGUGAAAAAUAUGCGAAA